AUGUCUCAAAGACAGCCUCAGUCACCUAAUGAGACUUUAAUUCCAAUCACAAAUGACACAGAAUCAUCAAGCUCUCUCGUUCCCAAUGAUACCACAAAUAAAGGACGGACCGGAGACAACUCUCCAGGAAUAGAAGCUUUGUGUGCCAUCUACAUCACUUAUGCUGUGAUCAUUUCAGUGGGCAUCCUUGGAAAUGCUAUUCUCAUCAAAGUCUUUUUCAAGACCAAAUCCAUGCAAACCGUUCCAAAUAUUUUCAUCACCAGCCUGGCUUUCGGAGAUCUGCUACUUCUGCUAACUUGUGUGCCUGUGGAUGCAACCCACUACCUUGCAGAAGGAUGGCUGUUCGGGAGAAUUGGCUGUAAGGUGCUUUCUUUUAUCCGGCUCACUUCUGUUGGUGUAUCAGUGUUCACGUUAACAAUUCUCAGCGCUGACAGGUACAAGGCAGUUGUGAAGCCACUGGAGCGGCAGCCCUCCAAUGCCAUCCUGAAGACCUGUGUUAAAGCUGGCUGCGUCUGGAUUGUGUCUAUGAUCAUUGCUCUGCCCGAGGCUAUAUUUUCCAAUGUAUAUACUCUUGAAGAUCCCAACAAAAAUAUGACCCUUGAAGCGUGUACCUCAUAUCCCGUUUCUGAGAAGCUCAUGCAAGAGAUACAUUCUCUGCUGUGUUUCUUGGUGUUCUAUAUUAUCCCACUCUCGAUUAUCUCUGUCUAUUAUUCUCUGAUUGCUAGGACUCUUUACAAAAGCACCUUGAACAUCCCUACUGAGGAACAAACCCAUGCCCGCAAGCAGAUCGAAUCCCGGAAGAGAAUUGCCAAAACCGUCUUGGUGCUUGUGGCUCUGUUUGCUCUCUGCUGGUUGCCGAAUCACCUCUUGUAUCUCUACCACUCCUUCACCUAUCAGACCUACGUGGACCCCUCCGCCAUUCAUUUUAUUGUCACCAUUUUCUCCCGGGUUCUGGCUUUCAGCAAUUCUUGCGUAAACCCCUUUGCUCUGUACUGGCUGAGCAAAACCUUCCAGCAGCAUUUUAAAGCUCAAUUACUCUGCUGCAAGGCAGAGCUGCCCGACUCUCCUCCUGCGGAUACCCCCCUUAACAACCUGGCUGUGAUGGGAAGGGUCCCAGGCGCUGGAAGCUCGCAGGUGUCUGAAAUUAGUGUCACCUUGUUCACUGGGUGCAGUGCAAAGAGGGAAGAUGACAGAGUCUAG